GUGUUCAAACGCUUCGUCGAGAUUGGCAGAAUUGCCUUCAUUUCCUUCGGGCCACAUGCUGGCAAGCUGGUGGCCAUUGUGGAUGUUAUUGACCAAAACAGGGCACUAGUUGAUGGCCCCUGCAGUGGUGUCAGGAGGCAGGCUAUGCCCUUCAAGUGCAUGCAGCUGACUGACUUUGUUCUCAAGUUCCCACACAGUGCUCGUCAGAAGUGUGUGCGACUUGCCUGGGAGAAGGAGAAUAUAAAUGAAAAAUGGGCAGCAACGAGAUGGGCAAAGAAGAUUGAAGCUCGAGAAAAGAAAGCCAAAAUGACUGACUUCGAUCGCUACAAGGUUAUGAAAGCAAAGAAAAUG